AUGAUUUCUUCAACCUCGACUCUUCUCCUCGCCGCCUUGGUUUUCAACGCAGUCUCUGUGUUUGGUGCCCCAAUCAGAGUAAUGGACACUCGCUCUGUAGUUGCUCGUGCUGAGGUCUUAUCUCCAGCACAACCCAUUGCUCGGGCUGUUGUCGUCGAAGUCGAGGAUCACACCGCGCGCGCUGAGCCCAUGCAACGCCGCUAUCCUCGUCGGGCUCUCUACAACCGCCACGAGAAACGCGAACCUGCUACAUCGAUCAAGGAAACGACUAUCGUGCUCACGAAGGAAACCGUUCACGACACCCCUGCGGAUGCUGCUGCGUUCGCUGCGAGCUCAGCGUCGUCCGCGUCCUCGUCGACUGCCUCGCCCACAGUGAUCGCUGUCACCGCUACCAUCCCUAGCAUUCCGACGGCUGAUGUCUCGGGGGCUAGCACCGUCUUGUCUAUUUCCCAGACCACCACGAUUGCCUCCCCAGAUGCAUCCUCUACCGCUGACGCCAGCGCGAGCGCUACCACUACCUCAGCGCCUGCGUCGGAAUCGACGAGUGCUGCUGCUUCUGAUGCAUUGAGCUCCCUCGCGUCCAGUGAUGCCGCGUCGUCAACUGUAUCCAGCCCAGCCAGCGAGCCCACUGCCACUACCACUGGAGAUGCGUCCGCUGCCUCAUCCGAUGCCGCCACUGCUACCGCUGAGCCCACUGCCACCAGCACUGGUGCCUCACAUGAGCCCACCGCGACCAGCACGGACGCCCCCGCUGCUACCACCACUGCACCUGCUGAUGGCGCUUCUGCUGAUUCCUCCACCUCUGGUGCUGGUCCCGAGACUACUAGCACAACCGGAGACGACUCGUCCGCGACUUCAGAUGACGCCUCUUCGACGGACAAGAGCACUACCGCGCCAGCGGCUUGUGUCCCACCCGUCGCCGCCGACGCUAGCGCCUGUCCCGCUUCAUCUGCCUCUACUUCCAAUGCUGAUUCUACCGGAGCAUCAGCAAACGCAGACGCCAGCGUUAACGACAAGAAAGCGUCCACUGAGUCGCGCCGCUGGGUCAAGGCAUCAACCUCCCCCAUCCUCCGCCGCUCGAUCGCCAUGAGCGGUGCUUCGUGGGCCUCUGCCGUCCGCCGCGAAUCGAUUUGA